ACUGUUGAAAGCGAACCCAUUUAACUUAACCGAAAAAGCUGAAGUUUAUUUUCUCGAAAUACUCGAUUUUGUUGUUUAUGUUUCAAUCCUCAUGCGAUCUAUUAAUUUAAAUUUAAAAUUUAUUUAAUUCACAAACUGUGAUUACCUGAAAUUAUCUAUGGAGGAACAAAGAGAACUGUCAUUAUGGAAGUAUAAAUAAUCGUAAAGUAGUGCUUCUUCAGUGCCAUUUGUAAAAGUGUUUUGCAGUUGGAUUAUUAAUAUUCUCUUGGAUUAUUUUAACAUCUUGAGAUCUUUCCCUGCAAGGGCUUGGUGGUAAACUAUGAAAAUGGUUUUAUCUCAACGACAAAGGGAUGAGUUGAAUAAGGCCAUAGCAGAUUACCUUGCAUCGAGUGGUUAUAUGGAUGCCCUGGAGGCAUUCAAGAAAGAGUCAGAUUUGCAUGGUGAAGUGGAUAAAAAAUAUUCUGGAAUACUUGAAAAGAAAUGGACAUCUGUUAUUAGGCUACAAAAAAAGGUUAUAGAUCUGGAAGCAAAAUUAGCUGAAGCAGAAAGGGAGUACAUAGCUGGUGCACCUACUAGAGACAAACGUUCACCAACAGAAUGGAUACCCAGACCACCAGAAAGACACUGUUUGUCGGCACAUCGAGCUCCCGUUACAAGAGUUGUGUUUCAUCCACUUUACAAUGUUAUAAUUUCUUCUAGUGAAGAUGCAACAAUAAAAGUUUGGGACUAUGAAACUGGUGAAUACGAAAAAACUUUAAAAGGGCAUACUGAUUCAGUGCAAGAUAUUGCCUUUGAUCAAACUGGAAAGUGGUUAGUUUCCUGUUCUGCUGAUAUGACAGUAAAACUAUGGGACUUCAUUUUAUUUGAAUGUGUGAGAACCAUGAGAGGACAUGAUCAUAAUGUAUCAUCAGUGACAUUUGUACCUAGUGGUGAUCACAUAGUAUCGUCUUCCAGGGAUAAAACUAUUAAAAUGUGGGAAGUAUCUACAGGUUAUUGUGUAAAAACAUUUUCUGGUCAUCGUGAAUGGGUUAGGAUGGUACGAGUAAAUCAAGAUGGUUCACUUUUAGCUAGCUGUUCAAAUGAUCAAACAGUACGAGUAUGGGUGAUAGGAACUAAAGAAUGCAAACUCGAACUUCGAGAGCAUGACCAUGUUGUAGAAUGCAUAGCCUGGGCUCCAGAAUCUGCUACAGCUGCCAUCAAUGAAGCUGCUGGUGUUGAUAAUAAACAUGGCGCUCGAACAGGACCAUUUUUAAUUUCUGGAUCUCGUGAUAAAACAAUCAAGCUAUGGGACAUCAGUACUGGUUUAAGUUUAUUUACCCUGAUUGGACAUGAUAAUUGGGUCAGAGGAGUGAAAUUUCAUCCUGGUGGCAAAUAUAUAGUAAGCGCAUCUGAUGACAAAACGCUACGUGUUUGGGAUGUGAAAAAUAAGCGCUGCAGCAAAACUAUAGAAGCACAUGCCCAUUUCUGCACUUCUGUGGAUUUCCACCAUAGUGCUCCUUUCGUUAUCACGGGAAGUGUCGAUCAGACUGUCAAGGUGUGGGAGUGUCGCUAAACGCUUCUGUGUACGUACGUGUUGGUACUUUUUGAAUAGCCAAAUAAGUCAUACUUCUAAGCAGCGAUAGCUGUCCACAACUGAAAUUAAUUCACUGAUAGCUAAAUUAUUAUGUAUUAUGUUUCUUUACCAUAAUUAUGUGAGUAGCUUCUGUGUACUAUUAAAAGAAACAACAAAAGCUACUUGUGGUUUAAACAUCAAAAUCAUCACUGCUGCCAUUAUUGUUUGAUUGCAAAAUGUUGUAUUUAAAUCUUAUUUGGCAGCCUUUAUAUAUUUAUGUACAGUUUUACUGUUUUGAUCAAGAAUGUUUUUGUUUUAAGUUAUCUGUGUUAAAAAUUGCAAUUAUUGUAAUUUCAUUUAAUUCUUUUUACUGGUAUUAAACUAUCUUAUUUAUUUGGUUGUGUGUGAUUUUUGACUGAUGGCCAUAGCAGCUUUGGUAGUCAACCAAAUAAAUUAUACCUAAGUGUCCCUAUGCUUCCACAAUUAAUAUAUGUAUCUGAAAUAAUAUAUAUCUAUUUGAUAUUUGAGUAAAAUCAAAAUUUGGUGUAUUCUUUCUUUUUUUUGUUCUUUGUACGCUAGCAGAGUAAAUUUUUUAAGUUUUAUGAAGGUGAAUUAAAUCAGCAGAAAUUUCAGUAUAUAUUUAUAUUUUCUUUUAAUUUAAUUACAUUCUUGCCAUGUGUAUAAUAUUCUUUGUUUCUUACUUUUUUUUUUUUUUGUUAAGUUUGAAAAAGAAAAGGAAAUCGUAAGUUUCUUUGGGUUAACCAAAUUGUUCUAUUUAGAAAGUGGCAUAUUUGAAUCUAUUGUCUAAGAUCUGUUUCAGCUUCAAAAUAAUUUUUAUGUAGAAACAGUCUUUGUAAAGUGUUGUAAAUAUGAUUUGAUGUUGAAAGAUGAAAUAAUGACUUCUUUUAAUGGAAAGAAAACUGUGAUAUGGAUUUUUUUUUCCUUUAUUUUUUAAUAUUUUUAAGCACAUUUUGUGUUUAGGUGAAAUUAGAAUCUUUUAAAAAAAAUGCAUAUUAUUUGUUCCUCAUGUAUUGAAAAAUUUACUUUAAAUUGGUUGUUUUCUGUUGGAGUUUAUAUUGUAAAAAAAAAAAGAAAACACUACUUGAUGCAAAAGUAGAGUUUUUUCCUUUUUGUGCAGUUUAAAAAAAAAAAUAAACAUCAAUUUAUUCAAUGUCACCUUUUACUAUUUCUAUCACUUUUCCCCUCCCCCAAUCAUGCAUGCUAUAUUUUUAAGGCAUUACAUUUCUAUUAUAGAACUUGUUUUUAAAAUUGAUUUCGUGCAAUGAUGUUUGUGAGUAAACGUGUGUUAAGUUUUAGCUUCUUUUAAAAUUAACUCAUGUAAAUUUUAUUAAUUUGAUCAAUUAAGAUAUAAUGUGAAAGAAAUAACUUAACCAUAAUUUUAUGUUAAUUUUAAAAUUAAUUUCAGAUUUUUUUUUUUUUAAUCCUCAAAAGUUGGUUUUAUUAAUUUUUUUAUGUUACUUAACAUUCUGUUAAUUAUGUAAUGUUUAUACUAUUAGUUUUUUUUAUUUGCAAACUUUUAUUAAUUCGUUGUUCAUGUAUUAAUAUUAUUUGCAAGCAUAAAUUAAUCAUUCAUUGCUGAUGGCUGCAUCAUUAACUGCACAGUGUAAACACUUAAUUAGUGAAAAUCAUAAUCCAUAAAAUUUGAUAUUGUGCUGAAGGAUGAUGCCUGUGGAAUAAAUAAAGGGAAAUGUUUUUUUUUUUUUUUGCAGUAGAAUCUGGACAGAGAUUUUGCAAAAGUUUUAGUGUGUAGAAUAAUAGUCAUAGAAGAUAUUCAUACCUUUUGUACAUAAUUUGCUUUUUUGUGAUUGAGAACAUUUUCUUAACCUUUGAAAGUUUGAGCUGAAAGAUAUAUUCCUAGGUAGACUUCCUCUGAAAAAAUUUGCUGAAAAUAGUAAGUUUUUUGUUUCAACUGUGGAGGUUUUUUUUGAGCAGUGCUUGUAUGUUCCUCUUGCAGAGUUUGAUUUCAGGUAAUAACAAUUCAAAAAUGAAAUUGUAAAUAAUUAUGUCAAUGCACUUUUUAAAAAAUAACAUCAGCAUUGUACAACAUUUGUGUUUAUAUUGGCUUAAUAAAUUGCAUUGUCUUGAAUGUA